AUGAGAAUCCCUCUUGGCAACCCCGAAGAGAUUCGUGGUAAACAGUCCACGUGUGACUUGUGCAAACUUGUCAUCGACUGCGCCGCGGCGCAUUAUGUCCCUGGGUUCCGCAGCUUCAACCACUCGGAGCCAAUCGUGCUUCUGAUCGAUGGUGGAAAGAUUGAAAUUCAUUAUCCGGAGCAUGGGGACGUCCAGAUUGCUGUAUAUCUGCGAUCAGAACACAACUCGUCGUUCGAGGAGCGACCCGGUGCACCCCAGGAACAGCACCGUACACCGACCGAUGUUCCCGAAUACAUUGACUGGAGCAAGGUACUUGAGUGGCUCGAAUCUACUCCCUAUAUGGCACUGAGAGGUGAGUUAGGCAAUUGGCCGGAUGGAAUGAAGGUCAUUGAUGUCAAGCAAAAUCGGGUGAUUGGCGCGCCGAAGGAUUGUCGGUACUUCGCGCUCAGCUACGUAUGGGGCAAUGUCAAAGCACUCGAUCUUCCUGACUGGCCCGCCUUCAGUCGAGAGGAUCUGCCUGCCACAAUCCGGGAUGCAUUUGUGGUAUGCGAAAGACUGGGCGUGCCAUAUCUAUGGGUUGAUCAGCUUUGUAUUCGUCAGGGAGACCCCAAAGACGUAAAGGUGCAAAUCGACCAAAUGGGCCGCAUCUAUAACCAUGCAGCAUGUGCUCUGGUUGCUUUAGCAGGGUCGGACCUCUAUUACGGCCUGCCCGGAGUCACCAAGCCCCGUCGUUGGACCCACGUCGAAUUGGGUCAGGCGAAGCUGACCAUCUUGUCUUUACCGCCUGAUAAUUGCAUCAGGAGAAAUAUCUGGAACUCUCGAGGUUGGACCUUUCAGGAAGCCCUCCUGGCGCGUCAACUUCUUCUGUUUGCUGAAUACGAGGUUUACCAUGCCUCGAGCUGCGACGGUCGUCGUUGGUACAACUGUGAGAUAUACAGAUCCGUUCAUCGAGGCCACAAAAUGAAUCCUCUUCCACUUCCUUCCGACUACCUGUUUGCUCUUGAAGAGUAUACAACGCGCCGUCUCACCAUGGAAACGGAUAGAGUGCGGGCCUGCACCACGGUGCUGCAGGCCGCGCAUGGGGGCGAGCUUUACCAUGGAAUCCCAGUUGAACGCAUCGACGAAGCUGUCCUGUGGACUACUGUGAGCCCCGGUUUAAAAGCGGGAUCCACCGACUUUCCCUCGUGGUCGUGGGCAUCGCCUAGAGGUCCCAUUCAAUACGAAUUCAAAGCCAUGGUCGGCCUGGCGGUUUGGGCGAUCCCCAAAGACCAUCCCCAUGCAUCUGUCGUUUUGUGCAGGCCAAGACGUGGAACUUCGCUAUCCUUAACCACUCCUCCCCCACGAGGCAAUCUAGGCUCUCCGGAAAUCCCACCUGGGGGGUGUCUCGGGCACAUCAUCAAAGCUUGGUUGCAAGGCUGCAUUGAAGAACGCUUCCCCGUUCAGUCAGUGAACCAUGAAGCGCUUGCUAACUGCUGGACGACAUAUGCGGACUUUUGGGAAUCUGCUUUUGGAGGAGGUGAUUACGGCACUCUUUUCCCGGUGACUGCCAUUCAGACAGCUUUAUCCGUGCCCAGCAGCAUUCUGGUUUAUGGAGCAGCUGCCCAAUUCUCUGUAAAGCAGCAGACUACCGAGUGCACAUCCUCCACACCAAGCUUCGCCCUAUUUACAGCGGGACCAGAAGGACGGCUGGCCGGUACAGUGUAUCUGGAUGCCCAGGAGAUGGAUGGCUCAGUCCAGGCUGACCUCGAAUUCUUGGCCUUGUCCGUCGCCUAUGGAAACCACAUUAUGGCGGAGCAAUGUCAGCAAUGCUGCGAUGACACGGUUUGGGAUACUGCACGUAAGAUGAUGACGGGGAUGAAUGUGACGGCGAAUGACCGGGCUUGGAAUACUGCACUUGAGGAGACGACAGUUUUGAAUGUUAUGGCAAUUCGAAGAGAACAGUGCCGUCCAUCGCUUGCACGUCGGUUGGGGGUGGGGCAAAUUGCUUUGCAGAGAUGGGUUGAAGCGCGUCCUCAGUUUGGCACCAUUGUUCUCAGGUGA